AUGUCUGGAGUUUAUCAGUUUGGCUCUUCAGUGAGGCUGGAGCAGAUGGAGGCUGAACUGUUUUCACAACUUCAGGCUCUGAGGAAUGAGAUUGAAGACAAAGAGAUUUUACAGGGAAAAUCCUCCAAACCAUACAGCUCUGUCCAUAUUCCAAAAGAUGCGUCUUACUUCCGUUUAGAGAGGCAGCAGGUUCUCCUUAAAGCAUUGCAGGUUUCCUCCAUAAGGCCGGUUGUGUCACAGGCAGAAAUAACUCAGAAGGAAAUGGAAAGCUGUAUGAAUCAAGAGUACACACCUGAAAGUUUACCCUUACUGCUGCAUCAGUUUUUUACAGAUCAAACUUAUAAGCUGGCACAGGGCAAAUAUCAGCUGAUGCUUCGAUGGAGAAGAUUUGGCCGACAUUCCACUAUCCUCGAAAAACUCUUUCCUCAGUAUAAGAAGCAGAUCACACUCCUGAACAACGAGUUUGAAGACUGUGUACAACGGGCCCGUCGAUUGGCCGUGUCCAGAGAGAAGAUCCUGACAAGUGCUGAGAGUCCCGUCAAUGUGAUCACACAGGAGGAUGUCAUCAUUUACCUGCAGUGGCUUAUUUGUCAUCUGCACUCCGUCAAAAUCAUCAACAGCUUUCUGAAUGUGCUUCAAUAUCUUCCUUCAACUGAGUGGAAUGAGAAACAGGCAUCUAGUGUUGUAGAUUUUACAUCUCCUGCCUAUUUUUCAGGGGUAUUUGAAUCAAUGUCAUCUGUCCCUGUGCACCCCAUCAAAAUAGAUGAUUUUAAAGUCCAGCUACAGUUUCUUCUCACACAUUAUAACAUCCAGUAUAGUACAGACACCAUCAAGACAUCUGCGGAUGAACUGGAGCUCUAUUGUAUGGUUAGCCACAUGUUCAGUACUGUGUUUAAAACACAGGAGGAGAUGAAGACUUUCCUACAGUAUGACAGCACUGAAGCUACAGACAGAAAGUGGGGUAGAAAGAGCCCGAAUAUGGCUCUCAGAAAAGAGUCAAACUGGAUUGCACACAUACAGUUGAAACCAAAGCGAGACCCCUGGCAGCAAAAACAAAUGGCCAAACUGAAAGAGCUCAGAUCAAUAGAUGAACUACUUCAAAUGCACAGCAAGUUCCUUGAGGAGUCUGAUGUGCAUAAAGUGACCGAUGCUUUGAAGCAGUACAGUUCAUCUGUUUAUCAACCAGAAACCGCAAAACCUUCAGACAUGCGGAGAGAAACAUCGGAUAUUUGGAGAAGCAUUUAUAACACAACAAACAUGUCUCAGGUUGAACCUGGGAACACUUCUCAUAUAUCUAAGCAUUCAGAUCAGAAAAAGAAUAAAGGUGGGAGCAGUGCUACGUUUCUUCAUGAGAAUGAUGAAGAUGUUGAUGGUUACAAAGAUGCUGGAACAGUCGAAGCCGGGGCUUUUCUGUCUUUAGUCUAUCUGCGACAUCUCAGGAUCAGAGAACUUAAGAGCACAUAUGUGAAGUUUUAG